AUGUAUCUCGACUUCCUAAAGGACUGGGAUGCGGGGUACAACUGGGGGGCCGCCGGACUCGCCUACCUAUACCGUUCGCUUGACGACGCGACCCAGAGAGCGGAAGUCAUGUCCAGUAUGUGUGGAUGUGUAUGGGGCCUCUCCAUUUGGAUGUCGGGGCGAAUCCCGGUGGGCCGUCCGGAGAAGCUGCGCUCGCGUGCAUGGACGGACUAUGGCCAAGAUGAUGAAGAUGAUCGGAACCCGACCGUCGCAUACGCUUGGGACGUGGUGCGUGUCUACACGGGCGAAUCGAAGGCCUUGUACAAGGUUACUUGGCGGCCGUAUAGUGAUGAUCGAGAGUGGGGGUUCGAGCUGAACAGCAUGUGCAAGCAGGACCGGCUUCUCUUCCAGUGCAUCAUGCCCAUGAUUUGUGUCUAUGCCGUGGAGUACCACUUGCCACAGCGCAUUGCCGCACAAUUUGGUAAGGCGCAACACACACCACCAGCCGGCCACGAUACCGGUGGCUAUGACCUACACCUGAUGAGCAGGCAGAAGAAUCAAUCAAUCACGGAUUGGGAAGCCGAACAUGCGAGAUACGUGAAGGAAUGGAACGAGUGGAAAGGACGCAAAGACACGGAGAGGAGAGUGAUUGACUGGGACGAGUACGAGGAUCACAUGUUGUGGUACGAUGAUGGCAUCAAGGAUCGUCUGCGUCUGAGGCCCCAGUGGACGACAGCAGAUGCCGAAGACCUGUUCGAUGACGCCUCAGAGAAUGAAGCCUACAACAAGAGCAUCAGACAGCUUCAAGGUGGGUUUAGGGAGUACGGACCCCUCAUGAACAGAGUGUCUACGGAGCUGAACAAAAGCAUUUUUCAUGCCUCUGAUGCGCUUAGUGCUGUCCCUGGGACUCGAGCUAGUGAGAACAAGUUGAGGGAAACGGUGAAGGUAAUACGGAGUUCAUUUUCGUUAUCAUUGAAGGGAAACGGUGAGGAUGUUUUUCCUCCUACACCGAUGCGUAGCCUCGCUUCAUCGAGCCAUGCGGCCUCGUCGUCUAGGGCGGUUCAAGAUGACGAGGAGGAGAGCGACGACGAUGAUGAUGCAGAGGAAGAUGAAGAAGAGGGCGCAGAAGAAGAACAUGGUGAGGAAGAGGAAGAGGACGAUGAGGAGGAGGAGGAGUACGAUGAUGACGAUGGACCUCCAGCAACUCAGCCAACCCAGCGUGAGAAGAGGAAUGUGCCGAAGAAGGAUUGGAAGAGUCCAUCCCCGUUUCAGAAAGCACGUCCUACGGCCCGCAAGAAGACGGCGGCCGAGAAGCGAUCCAAGGAUAACGAGGACCGAAAGUCGAAGAGGGGAAGGAAGGACUGA